AUGGAAAUAGAUGAUGCAGUUAAUUAUCCCGUAGAAUUUCUAAAUUCACUCAACCCUACUGGAUUCCCACCAUAUUUAUUAACAUUAAAAAUUGGUACUCCUAUAAUGCUCCUAAGAAAUCUUAUAAGUCCACCAAAAUUGUGCAAUAGGACUCAUCUACGUAUUACUGAUCUUCAAAAAUAUCUGAUAGAAGCUCAAAUUAUGACUGGAUAUGCAAAAGGUGAAUCAGUUUUUAUUCCUCGCAUACCAAUGAUACCAUUAGAUUAUCCAUUCCAAUUUAAGAGAAUGCAGUUUCCUGUUAAAGUAUGUUUUGCUAUGACAAUAAAUAAAUCACAAGGACAAACCUUGAAAAUUACAGGGAUCGAUGUAAGAGAGGAUUGUUUUUCACAUGGACAAUUUUAUGUGGCAUGCUCCAGAGUCAGUAUGCCCUCAAAUUUAGUUAUUUUAGCACCAACAGGAAAAACAGCAAAUGUAGUUUAUAGAGAAAUCUUGUAA